AUGGUAUGCAUUCUCAUGCCCUUCUUUGGAAUGCCAGCCUAUGAGGCCAGUGUCAAUUACACAGAGCCAGAAGACAUGACUAAAUACAUACCAAAAUCGCCUGAACUUUCCCGCGAAUACUCAGACUUGUACAGUAGCUGUCCGGAAGUCAAUUCAACAAUAUCAUCUUGCUCCCUUCAAAUUGAUGAAUGUUCGUAUGGGCCUAUAUAUUGUGCUGAACAGCUUUGUAAUUGUCUGGUUGAUGCACAUCAAAUUGACAACUCGACUUCAUGUCAGUCUACUACUGCUAGGAUUUGUACGAUUGCCAUCAGAGAUGCUGAGUUAGCCGUUAGCCGGAAACGAAUAGAGGAACUAGGAAUUACUGUAUUGCUGAUGAUCGGUUCUGUAUGCUGUUUAACUAUCGCUCUCUAUUGGUUCUACAUGAAAAUGAAAGAGAAAGCAUACUCUAGAGAGGUUAAGUAUGUUCCAGUUGCUUAA